AUGAGGGCCCUCGGUGUAAAGCCGACCUCAGUGACGUAUGGCACCAUUGUCAACGCUCUCUGCAGAGUGAGCGACGAGAAGCUUGCCGAGGACCUCUUCGAGGAGAUGGAGUCGAUGCCCAACUACAAGGCGCGGCCUGCUCCCUACAACAGCAUGAUGCAGUUCUUCCUCACCACGAAGCGUGACAAGACCAAGGUUCUUGCCUACUACGAGCGGAUGAAGUCCAAGGGCAUUUCUCCCACUUCCCACACGUAUAAGCUUCUGAUCGAUACUCACGCUUCGUUGGAGCCCGUGGACUUGUCUGCUGCCGAGGCAGUCUUGGCUCAAAUUAAGGCUGUGGGCAUGCGCCCCGAGCCCGUGCACUACGCUUCUCUCAUCCACUCCCGUGGCUGUGUCAUGCACGAUCUGGAGGGCGCCCGUAGGGUGUUCGACUCGGUGGUGGCCGACCCGGCUGUUGCUACCAGCGCCAGCGUUUUCCAGGCUCUCCUCGAGGCCAUGGUUGCCAAUCACCGCGUAAUGGACUCGGAGCCGAUUCUCGAUUUGAUGCAAAAGAAGCGAGUAGAGCUUACUCCCUAUAUCGCCAACACUUUGAUUCACGGUUGGGCCGCGCACAAAGACAUUGCUAAGGCCCGGGCCAUCUACGAUAGCGUGGGACGGGAAAAGCGCGAGCCGAGCACCUACGAAGCCAUGACCCGAGCCUUCCUCGCCGUGGAAGAGAGAGAUAACGCGCAGGGUGUAGUGCGCGAGAUGCUCAGCCGUGGUUACCCGAGCGCGGUAGUGAACAAAGUUCUCGAGCUUUUGGGCGGCGGGGAGGAGGCAGUUGUUGUUUGA